AUGGAGCGCCUGGAAGCCUGGCCAGACAUUUAUUCAGCUGCCUUAGAUUGCGAUCUGCUAUUUAAGAGAUGGCUCAUACAAGUCGCCGAACCAAGGACAAUCAGCCGUCUUGGCGAUUCUGCUGACGCGAUUGGGGAGUUCGCGAGAGACUAUCAUGCCCGGUUUGAGGCGUGGUCGUUAUCCUUAGGUGUUUUUGUCGAGCAAGGUAUAAGUCUCGAUCGUCGCUUGUCAAAGAGCAAGGAUUAUCGAGAUUUGAUAAGAAGUUUGCUUGGCCUUCUUUUUAGCUGUCUGCAAGAAAUUUUAUUGAUACUUGAAGCUAGAGAUGAUGGCAGUGGCAAUGCAGUCCCAAUGCGGGUAACUAGAUCGAGUGUUCGAAAGUCAGCAAUCGAGAUCGAAAAUCGCGUGGCCAAUCUCAGGAAACACCAAAAAUUUGUCGAGUAUGCCAUUCCUGAGCUGUAUAAACUGGGAGCAAAAAUCCGAGAGGCCUCAGCUGUUAGCUUGAUCCCGAGGAUGGAAGCCUACUCGGCAAAGAGAUCGGACUCAUAUCUGGAAGACAUAGCGUUUUCGAAGGUCAAAACCCUCUACCCAAAAGCACCAUUGAGUCUUCAACGCCUUCUAGGGCGAUCUAUUGUCGCACGCUACUUCAGUAUACAGUCCCGAGGCAAAGAUCAGCGACGCUUAUCAACACAUCGUAUACUUACUUUGGAUGAAGAAGACAAGCCACGAGCUCACAAUGAUCCGGAGCUGUUGAAUCUAAUCAGUGGAAAAGAUUGCAUUGAUGAUGCGCUCACUGUUGCUCGUGAUGAUUCUGCGACAAAAAUAGAUGCAGUGCUUUCUAAAUCGGAAUCGAGUGCUUCAAUUUUCCAGGCAGAUGAAUUUCAAUCCGAACCGGAGGAGAGAAGGCAACAUCCAGCCUUAUCCUCAGUUUCAGGGACUCCCUCGGUACCUUUGGACCAUAUUAGUUAUCCGGAACCACCAAAACCCUUAGGAGAUGGAAAAUCCAGCUGGGCAACUUGCUGUUGGUGCUCGGAGACCUAUCCAUACCAUAAAUUCGAGGAUAAGAACUGGUGGAGACAUCAUGUCGACCACGAUCUUCGACCAUAUGUAUGCCUCGUUGAUACAUGUUCAAAAUCUGGUGACACCUUUGAUGGAUUUAGCUCAUGGACGGCGCAUAUGGAAAGGCAUCAUUCUCCAAAUUGGAUCUCGAUUAUAAACACUAAAGUCAUGUGGGAAUGCGAUGUUGACACACAUUCAGAGUUUUUUGAUGAUGAGGCUUCGUUAAGAAACCAUAUGAUGGAGCGCCAUCUAGGAUCAUGGUCAGAGCGACAAUUAUUGAGCAUCCUCCGCAAAAGUGCAAUUAGAAUCGCCGGAUCGAACUACGAUUGUCCUCUAUGCGGCUUUAACGCUAGCCAAGCCCCUCCCGUCGCAGAUCAAUCAACGGAUCUGCAGCAUUCUUCGCAAACCAAGCGAAAAAGAGAAGCAAAGCGCAGUAUACGUACAAAGCUAAAUACCUAUUCUCGGUCAAAGCGCACAAAGACUCAUUUGCAAAAUGAGGGACGGACAAAUGAACAAAUAAGCGACUGUGAAUCAAUCAGUUCAGAUGAAUCGGAUUUGGAGCUAGUAAAUAGCCCAGAUGCCGAGUUGAUUUCACCUCAAAUCAAGGAUCAACAACGAGAACAAUUGUUGCAGCACAUAGCACACCAUCUCAAGGCCCUCUCGUUUGUGUCCCUGCACCUCAACGCUUUUUGUGAGCCGCCUAAAAACGGAAAUCAAGGUUCUGCCACAGGAGGUGAGCAGGAGGACCUAAGCAAAGUUAAGGGGCCAAGCGGGGUUGAUCCAGAGCUCGAUGUCGACGCCUCAUCUCCUAAGUUUACGGAUAGCCCAACAUCUGCGGCAUGGGCUGGAGCUGCUUUCGAUGAUGAUAUUAAAUUACCUCAAGAAGCUCCUGCAACUUCUAAUGAUAACAAGAGCGUUAAUCGUUGGGUUGGACUCUCUAGUCUUGAUACAUCGGUUAGCAACCCUGUCGAUACAGAGGAUGGCGACAAUGCAAAGUCGGCAUUAAUCACACCUUUGGAAUAUAUUCCAGAUCAAAACCCUACGAUCAUUCAAUCCAACAGCUGGUUCCAGUCUGUGGAGCUGUUCGUGCAGAAAAGCAUCUCGCCUAACAAAUUGAAAGACGAGGAAAUCAGGAUCCUACUAAUUGACCAUUCGGAUGACAUCAGCCAGUCCGUAUCCAAGAUGCAACAACCCGAAGAGUCGCCAGCACGGCCAGAUAUAAUAGGCGACCUUUCAAACAAUACCCACAGAAGUCUCAUGGCUCAAAUGAUACAUAGGAUAUGCCCUCAUGUAAAGUUGUUUACGGCAAAUUCAGGAGCAAUUGACCAGAUUGCCACAAUGGAUGGUGCGGAAAGAGCUGCGAAGGCCAUCGAAUGGGCAGUCAAGAAAGGUGUCCAGAUUAUUUUAAUGACCGAAAAUCUGAUCGAUUCAAGGGGAAAUACCAAAGAAUCGAGAAAUCUCGACAGACAACUUCAGCAGGCUGCUGCUGCCAACAUCCUCUUGUAUUGUGCUGCUGCAGAGUCGGACUCUCAUAAUGGCGGUACUGAACCUUAUACUCAUCAGUUUGAUAUAUGCCCUAUCAGCGUCGUAGGUUCUGCCACAGAGGCUAGUAGGGUGCCACAAUCCGUCAAUCCACGAUCAGUUCAUUAUCUCUUUCCGGGUGCAGUUGCUGCCGGAGUAGAUGACCCCAAAGAUAAUUCGGUUGCUACGGCUGUAGCUGCGGGCUUUGCAGGUCUCAUCCUCUGGUGCUUUGCAUACCAACACCCACGAACAGCGAAGAACGAUUGCAAAGGGCCGAAUGCAGACGAGAUGCAUAAAAUUUUUAAGGCACUUCAGAAAAAUGGUAGCAAGUGGGUUGACGUGACUACCCUACUGAAAACGGACGGUUCCGCGACCAUACAAGAUAUCGUUGACUACUACUCUAGAGCUCGAGGAAAUAGGAGCGGGAGAGGCAGACGCGGUAUUAGUCCAGUAGCAUGA